UUAGAAGUAAAGAUGGCCAGAGGUUUACCAAUUUGCAAAAAAAUAAAUAUGUGCACAGGAGAAAAUCAAUCAAUAUUGGAUGCUUGUGAACUUUGAGUCCUCAGGUAGCACUGCAUUGUCAUCCACAAUGCUGGUUAAAACUUUAUCAUGCAAAGACGACGACAAACUAUGGAAGCUGCAUCCUCCAGAAUAAAGUGGAGAGGGAAUACUCAACUUGUUAUCAGUGCUCAUUAGGGACUAUGGAAUGGGCAGCUUUUACCUCUGGAAAGGCACUAUCAAUGAUAAAGAUUCAUGUGACUUGAUACUGAAGGCCUCAAACACCUCCAUGGACAAAUCCAACAGUGCAGAUUUACAAAUGACGACAGCUUUGCUACUGUCUGUUGUGGUGGUGGUGGCAGCAGGAAUAUUCCAUCUGUACAGCAUGAUACUUCAACUGCUGCACAAAACACAAGUGCAAAACAAAGUAGUGUUAAUCACUGAUUCAUUAUCAGCCCUGGGGAAAGAGUGUGCAAAACUCUUCCACAAGCGGGGAGCCCGGCUGAUCCUUUGUGGGAAGAACUGGGAAAAGCUUGAAAAUCUUGCACAACAGCUGGUCAGCGAAUCAGAUCCUAUUUUGACAUUCCCACCAAAGCUAAUCGAGAUGGACUUUACAGACAUGGAGACGCUGUCAGAUGUGCUCUCAGAUGUGCUUGACUGUUAUGGCUACCUGGAUAUGCUCAUUAUCAACAGCAGUAUGAAAGUGAAGGCACCUGCACAGACUCUGUCUCUGGAAAUGGACAAGAUGGUUAUGGAUGUUAAUUAUUUUGGACCAAUCACACUGGCCAAAGGUGUUCUGCCCUCAAUGAUCUCCAGAAGGUCUGGCCACAUUCUUCUGGUUAACAGCAUUCAGGGCAAACUGGCUGUUCCCUUCCGAACAACUUAUGCUGCUUCCAAACACGCAGUACAGGCCUUCUUCGACUGCCUAAGAGCUGAGGUACAAGAGUUUGGCAUCUCUGUUAGUACAAUCAGUCAUACCUUUAUAAACACCGCUCCCACCACUCAGCAUACCACCACAAGCAAUUCCAUCUUGCCAGUUCUAGCAGGACAGAAACCUCAUGGCAUUUCAGUGGAAGAGAUGGCUAAUGCGGUAAUGCAAGCUUUGGGGAGUAAGAAGAAGGAAAUCAUCAUGGCCCACUCUUUCUCCAAAGCAGCUAUCUAUAUUCGCUCUCUCUUUCCCAACCUCUUCUUUGCUGUAACAGCAGCAGGAGUAAGGAAUGAUUCAGGUGUGGAGUCAGUGCAGUGAUAUUGUACAAUAUUUGUAGUAUUUUUCUGAUUGUGGUAUAAAUGUAUUUUUUUUACCAUCUGUUACCAGUUGUUUUAUUUUUUUUCAUUGGUUUAAGUCAGUGACAGCUGUUUUUCUAAUGUCAUUGACAUUGCAUUACAAUGACGGUUACAUAUGUCAAACUUUUUUUUAUUGGGCACUUAAAUACGGUGUAUAAAUGAAUUAAUACAGACAAUAAGGUACUGUACAUUUAUGCAUUUGACCAACAAGUUACUGUAAGUAUUUUGUCUCAGGCAGUAGAAAAGUUCAUGCCAUUUCUGCUUUUACUUAUUAAUGAUUUAUGAGCAAUUUCCAUUUUUAAGCAUUACUGUAAAUGCUAACGAUAGUCUCUUAAGAACACGCUGAAUUUGUUCUAAGUAGUUAUUUUUCAUCUGCACACUAACAAGCAAAUAUGUUAUGCAGUUUUCAGAUCACCAUGUACUGUGUAAUUUAAUCAUUUUUGAGUGGCAUAGUGUUCUGAGCUCACUUUAUUGAAUGUGUGGAGUUUCACUUGUUUUGUGGUUGCCCAUGAGGUUCCUCCUGGAACUCUGGUUACAUCCCAGAAACCUGCCAGUAGGUGAAGUUAAAUUGCUCGUAUAUGUGAUCAAACAUCUGUGGUGUAUAGGACCCUGCCUUGCUUAGAGAACUCAGAUACACCAAGGCCCUGAUAAGGAUAGAGCAGAUAUUGAAAAUGGAUGGAUUGAAUAAAUAUCAUCUCUUAUAUUAAUAAUAAAUAUAUACAUUGCCUGUGAA